ACCUGCUCUGCCAUCAAUUUCAAAUUUCAAAUCCCAAAUCCCAGUCCUUACAAAUUAAUCUUGAAAGCAGAUUAAAAUACAUUUUUCGGAAGUUUAAUUUUGGGGAGAUUAUUAUGAAUUGGAUACAAUUGCAUGCAUUUCUCCUUCUGCUACUGUUCAACAAUGGAACAUCACAGUCCAUUAUCGGCGCCCUUCCGGGUUAUUCGGGUACUCUGCCCAUCAAACUAGAAACCGGAUAUAUAGCUGUGGGAGAAAAUGAUGAAAGGCAACUAUUCUACUAUUUCGUUGAAUCCGAAGACAAUCCUAAUGUGGAUCCUCUUUUGUUUUGGAUUACUGGUGGACCCGGUUGCUCUGGGUUAUCCAGCCUUGUUUAUGAAAUAGGUCCCUUAGCUUUUGAUAUUGCAGAUUUUGAUGGAAGCUUACCAUCUAUUCUACGAAAUCCAUAUUCAUGGACCAAGGUUGCCAAUAUUAUAUUCAUAGAUUGGCCUGUUGGUAGCGGAUUUUCGUAUGCCAACACUGCACAAGGUUAUUCUUCCUCGGACUCCAAAUCUUCAAAAGAUAAUUACACAUUUCUUAGGAAGUGGUUAUUGAAACACCCAAGGUUUAUCAAAAAUCGUCUAUAUGUUGGGGGUGAAUCUUAUGGAGGGAAACUUGUUCCCAUGAUUGCGAUGGAAAUAUUACUAGGAAAUAAAGCAGGACUUGAGCCACAAAUGUCCUUCCAAGGAUACAUCAUCGGCAGUGGACUAACAGAUCCAAACAUUGAUUUUAAUGAACGAAUUCCAUAUGCUCACCGCAUGGCACUUAUAUCAGAUGAAUAUUUUGAGUCAGCAAAAGUUAGUUGUGAUGGAAAAUAUUACAAUCCUGAUCCAAAUAAUUUGCGAUGUCUUAAUGCCCUUCAAUCGAUCCAAGAGCCUCAAAAUUAUCUAACAUCUUAUGUUUGGGCAAAUGAUCCGACUGUCCAAGUUGCUCUUCAUACUAGAAAGGGAACGGUAACAGACUGGACGAGAUGCAACCACAGCUUAUAUUAUGAAGAAGAUGUAGAAAGUGUUCUUCAAUAUUAUAAACUUUUCAGCAACAAAGCAUUCGAAGUUUUAAUAUAUAAUGGAGAUCAUGACAUGGUUGCACCUUAUAUGGGUCCUUUAAAAUGGAUUCGUAGUCUCAAUAUGACUGUUUUUGAAGAUUGGAGACCUUGGCAAGUUGAUGGCCAAGUCGCAGGAUACACAGAGAAGUACAAGAAGAAUGAAUUCUUUCUAACAUUUGCUACAGUGAAGGCAAGAAAAGUUUUUCUAUGCUCUUUCUCCCAAAGAAUUAGAAAAACUACAAAUUAA